AUGCCUAUUAAGUUGGUGGUUGGUGAGUGUGCUUUAAAUGUGGUUAGCGCGUACGCGCCGCAAGCAUGGUUGGAUGAAGAGAUUAAAAGGCGUUUUUGGGAAGGGUUGGAUGAGAUUGUGCAUAAUAUUCCGCCUUCUGAGAGCUUAUUCAUAGACGGAGAUUUCAAUGGUCAUAUUGGGUCGGUUGCAGGUGGAUAUACGGAGGUGCAUAGCGGCUUCGGUUUCGGGGAAAGUAACGGAGGGGGCACUUCGCUGUUGGACUUCGCCAAGGCAUUUGAGCUGGUGAUUGCGAACUCAAGUUUUUCGAAGAGGGAUGAGCACUUAGUUACUUUACAAAGUUCGGUGGCGAAGACCCAGAUUGACUAUUUUCUCCUCAGGAGAGGGGAUAGAAGGUUGUGCAAGGAUUGCAAGGUUAUCCCAGGUGAGACCCUCGCAAUGCAACAUAGGCUUUUGGUAAUGGACGUUGGUAUUAUAAUAAGGAGGAAGAAGAGGUUAGUACGAGGUUGCCCGAGGAUCAAGUGGGGUGCCUUGACAAGGAUAAAGACCGGGAGUUGGAAGGAAGGUUAUCGGCUAUGGGAGCUUAGAGGAGUUAUGGGGACGCAAACACUAUAUGGUCGACGACGGCGAACUGUGUAA